CCGGGAUUCCUGAGACUCUGGGCGGUUCCUCGGGGCCGCCAGUCCUCGGGAAGUGCGAGCGCGUAUCGGUGCCGGCCACUUCGUCGACGUGGGGCGGGCAGACGGGAAGCCUGCAGCCGUGGCCCCUCCCCGGGAGCUGUGGGAGCCGGGUGGCCGCGUAGUCUAGACAUGAAUACAGAAGCAGAACAACUACUUCUCCAUCAUGCCAGAAAUGGCAAUACUGAAGAAGUAAGACAACUAUUAGAAAGUAUGGAGAAGAGUGAAAUAAUUGCUGACAUUAAUUGCAAAGGAAGAAGUAAGUCUAAUUUGGGCUGGACACCUCUUCAUUUGGCAUGCUACUUUGGGCAUAGACCUGUGGUUCAAGAUUUGUUAAAGGCUGGUGCAGAAGUAAAUGUAUUAAAUGACAUGGGAGACACGCCACUUCAUCGAGCUGCGUUUACAGGACGAAAGGAAUUGGUAAUGCUUCUUUUAGAAUAUUAUGCUGAUGCUACUGUUGUUAAUGGGAGUGGACAGACAGCAAAAGAAGUCACUCAUGACAAAGAAAUCAGAAACAUGCUGGAAGCUGUAGAAAGGACUCAGCAAAGAAAGCUUGAAGAAUUGCUCUUGGCUGCAGCAAGAGAAGGCAAAGCCACAGAACUCACAGCUCUGCUCAACAGGCCCAAUCCUCCUGAUGUCAACUGUUCGGAUCAGUUAGGAAAUACCCCCUUGCAUUGUGCAGCUUACCGGGCUCAUAAGCAGUGUGCCGUAAAGCUUCUAAGAAGUGGAGCAGACCCUAAUAUGAAGAAUAAAAAUGAUCAGAAACCCCUGGACCUUGCCCAGGGUGCUGAAAUGAAACACAUUCUUAUUGGUCAUAAGGUUAUCCACAAAGUACUAAAACGAUAUGAAGGCCCUCUCUGGAAGAGUUCAAGAUUUUUUGGGUGGAACUUAUUCUGGGUAGUGUUAGAACAUGGCGUCCUUUCAUGGUAUAGAAAACAGCAUGAUGCAGUUCAUAAUGUUUAUCGCCAGGGAUGCAAACAUCUCACUCAAGCAGUAUGCACGGUAAAAUCCACUGAUAGCUGCCUCUUCUUUAUUAAAUGCUUUGAUGACACUAUUCAUGGCUUCCGGGUUCCUAAGAACAGCCUUCAACAGUCAAGAGAGGACUGGCUGGAAGCAAUAGAAGAACAUUCUGCUUACAGCACUCACUACUGUUCCCAGGACCAACUGACUGAUGAUGAAGAGGAAGAUGCAGCUUCUGCUGUAGACUUGAAGGAGUCCUUAGAGAAAGCACAAACAUGCCAACAGAGACUAGAUAGGGAAAUUUCCAGCUUUCUCAAAAUGAUUAAGGAAUGUGACAUGGCUAAAGAAAUGCUUCCAUCAUUUCUUCAGAAAGUUGAAGUUGUCUCUGAAGCUUCUAGAGAAACUUGUGUAGCUCUGAGUGAUUGCCUUAAUCUCUUCACUAAACAAGAAGGGGUGAGGAAUUUUAAAUUGGAACAAGAACAGGAAAAAAACAAAAUUUUGUCAGAAGCAUUAGAGACUCUGGCCACAGAACAUCAUGAAUUAGAGCAGUCUCUGGUUAAAGGCUCACCACCUCUCAGCAUCUUUAGUGAGGACGAAUUCUAUGACGCGCUUUCAGAUUCUGAGUCUGAACAGUCCUUGAGUCGAUUAGAAGCUGUGACAGCGCACUCGAUCGAAGAGGAAGAAAAGCUUUUAAGCCCUAGAAAACACAGAAUGUCUGAAGAAAAGGAUUGUGGUAGUGGAGAUGCUCUCUCCAAUGGCAUCAAAAAGCACAGAACAAGUUUGCCCUCCCCAAUGUUUUCCAGAAAUGACUUCAGUAUCUGGAGCAUCCUCAGAAAAUGUAUUGGAAUGGAACUGUCCAAGAUCACAAUGCCGGUUAUAUUUAAUGAGCCUUUGAGCUUCCUCCAGCGACUCACUGAAUAUAUGGAGCAUACGUACCUCAUCCAAAAAGCCAGUUCGUUUUCUGAUCCUGUGGAAAGGAUGCAGUGUGUAGCUGCAUUUGCUGUGUCUGCUGUUGCUUCUCAGUGGGAACGCACUGGAAAGCCUUUCAACCCACUUCUGGGGGAGACUUAUGAAUUAGUUCGAGAUGACCUUGGUUUCAGACUCAUCUCUGAGCAGGUCAGUCACCACCCACCUAUCAGUGCAUUUCAUGCUGAAGGAUUAAACAACGACUUCAUCUUUCAUGGCUCAAUCUAUCCCAAACUGAAAUUCUGGGGCAAAAGCGUAGAAGCAGAACCCAAAGGAACCAUCACCUUAGAGCUUCUUGAACACAAUGAAGCAUAUACCUGGACCAACCCUACCUGCUGUGUGCAUAAUAUCAUCGUGGGUAAACUCUGGAUCGAGCAGUAUGGCAAUGUGGAAAUCACGAACCACAAGACUGGGGACAAAUGUGUGCUGAAUUUUAAGCCAUGUGGCCUUUUCGGUAAGGAAUUACACAAAGUUGAAGGCUACAUUCAAGAUAAAAGCAAAAAGAAGCUCUGUGCCCUCUAUGGGAAGUGGACUGAAUGUUUAUACAGUGUUGACCCUGCCACUUUUGAAGCUUACAAAAAAAAUGACAAGAAAAGUACAGAAGAGAAAAAGAACAGCAAACAGGUGAGCUCUUCCGAAGAGUCCGAUGAAAUGCCAAUGCCAGACUCCGAAAGUGUAUUUGUUAUCCCUGGAAGUGUUCUCCUGUGGCGAAUAGCCCCACGGCCUCCCAACUCUGCCCAGAUGUAUAAUUUUACUAGCUUUGCAAUGGUCUUGAAUGAAGUAGACAAGGAAAUGGAAAGUGUUAUUCCUAAGACAGACUGCAGGUUGCGGCCUGAUAUCAGAGCCAUGGAAAAUGGAGAAAUAGAUCAAGCUAGUGAGGAAAAAAAACGGCUUGAGGAAAAACAAAGAGCAGCUCGCAAAAACAGGUCCAAGUCAGAAGAGGACUGGAGGACAAGGUGGUUCCAUCAAGGUCCUAAUCCCUACAACGGAGCACAGGACUGGCUUUACUCUGGCAACUACUGGGACAGAAACUACUUCAAUUUGCCUGACAUUUACUAAAAUACAGACAAGUCAAGGCAUUUAGUUGAUCUAUAAAUAAGUCUUAAACCAUGUUUUAAAUUUUUUCUCCUUGGUUUCUACUCAUCUUUUCAAAAAUGAAAAAUCACUCAUGAAUAACUUGCAUUUCACCCAAUAAAAGUAGGGCAUAAGGUGAUAUUGGUGAUGAGUCUUGGGAAAAAUGGAUAAUUUUACUAUCCAAACAUACUUGGAAUACUAUUUUAUAUAGUAAGAGAAAUUGCUGAUGAAUAUGCUUUUUAUGGUUGCUAUUGCCAUAUUUACUGAAGGUUUAUACCUAAAUGUAACAUUAGCUUUAUGAAAUUAUAGUGAUUCUGAAUCAAGUUAUUUUAAAUAUUUUUAUGCUGUAAUGCUUGAAUGUUUUAGAUGUAACUUGGAAAUGUUUAGAAUUCUAUACAUUGUUUUAUGUGCGCAAAUGUAGAGAAGGCUACAUUGAUAAGAUGGCUUCUGUUUAUACUAAUCCUCUCAACUUUGCCACCUCCCACCUCCAAAAAGAAAAAAUUCCUUCACUAUUCAGAACAAGUAUUCCUGAUUUGAAAGCUGAAGAAUUAAACUGGAAAAGGUAUUUUAAUUUCUUAUUUACUGCUUUGAGUUUACAAUUUUGUAUAAUCAGUGUCUUUAGAAGAGGUGAAUUGUACAUUUGAAUUGAAAUUAGUGAUUGACAAAAAUGCCCUAGAAGUAGAUUUUUAUCAUUAUUGUUACAUGACAAACCCUUCUAAACGGUUCAACUUUCAAUGGCAAAUACCACCAGAGAAAUUAAGUUACACUCAUAUAUGUAUUAUAAGUAUCAAACUAUAUGAAAGGAGGUCUUUGCAUUUCAAGUUUGCAAGGCUCCUUGUACUUAAAAUAUGUAUGGAGACCUACUGUACAGUACUAGCACUGCCCCUUUCAUCGGGGUGUAUUAAUCUUAUAUUUAUCAACCCGAGAUAUAUUGCCCCAAGGGACCUUAGGUAGCUGCCAGUAAAUUAUUUUAAUUGCUGUCUUAAAGUAAUAAGUGUUAUAACUAAUCUGUGCUAAAUAAAGGCUUUAGAAUAUUCCC